AUGGAAGAUAUCCUCGAAGUUGAAAACAAUAAUAAAAUUACUUAAGAAGUUUAUUUAAAAGCAAUUAAAGAACUUAAGGGGAUGUACCUAAAUAAAUUAAAAAAAAUUAAAAAAGCUUAACAAAUUAGAUAAAUAUCUUAAAGAGAAUUAAGUGAAUACACUAAAAAAAUAUUUAAUUAAUAUGAAUUAUUAUUAGAAUAGUAAAAAAAAUGUUAAUAAAGGGAACUAUCAGAUGUUAAUGAUUAAGAAAUCCUUUCUGUUGUAAAGACAAAAAAAGAUAACUACUUGAUUAUAACAGAAAAAGGUAUACAUUAUUAAUGUAAGUGUCAUAAAAUGAAAUUUAAAACAUAUUAAGAAUUAGGGGGACAUUAAAGAACAUUAAAAUGA